AUGCAAUAUGCACUCAGCAAAAUCCGUAAUGUUGCGAUAAUGCUUCUAACUCCUGAGGAGAAAGAUCCACAAAGAAUAUUCGAAGGCGAAGCUCUCUUGAGGAGGAUGAACAGGGAUCAUUAUCUAGGGCCUUUUUCAAGGAGUGCUCUCUGCAACGUUCUCUACCUCGGCUCUCCUCACCUGCAAGCGACCUCAGCUCACCUCUUUCCACCGGAGACCUCAGGCUCACCUCACCUCACCGGAGACUGGAACGAAUGCUCAAGUUUCCAAGCCCUAGGUCUGAUUAAGAGUUAUACACAGUAUAUUCCAUUGCCUAUCAGCGACCUUGACUCAUGGCUCAAGAUUCCCUCCAUAUAUGUUUUUGAUUGUUCUGCUGCAGGGAUGAUUGUCAAUGCCUUCAUAGAGCUCCAGAAUUGGACUCCCUCAAGUUCUUCUUCUUCUUCUUCAGGAACUUCACCAAGAGAUUGUAUUCUACUUGCAGCAUGUGAAGCACAUGAAACCCUAUGUGGGAUGCAUGGGAUAUGGCUGCUAAAAUCUGCCUUUCUCAACUUCCAACAUUGUUCGAGGAUCCCAAUGCAGAAUUCCAGCCAAGUCCUUUUUUCACUGAGCAAUUGA